UCGGCAUUAAAACUAUAACUUAAAACUUUGCAUUGCCUUUCGGGUUUUCGUUUAAAAAAAUUCAAAAUUUUCAAGAAAUGUGUGCAACCUGCGCAUUAGCACAUAGCGUCCUGCAGCAUGGAUUUCGCAAGUCCACCACUCGUUGCAGCUCCGCAACAGCCAAGUUUUUGCCUUUCAGUCGGGUCGAACGUCUAAAGCCCACAGAUACGAACAAUCUGGAGCAGGCCUUUGAGUUGGACUCCCAUCCGCAAAAGAUCAAUCUGUGUGGAGAAAUCUAUCGCAACAAUGACGGCAAGCCGCAUAUUAUUCAGGCGGUACGCAAAGCUGAAAUUGGGGUGGCAAGUGACGACAAAUACAGUCAUGAACCACAAUCACCUCUGGGCAAUCCAGAUUUCAUAAGAGCCUCCAAUGAGUUGCUCUUGAAUAAAGCAGCGCCUGCUCUAUUGCAAAAUCGGGUGCUAGGCGUACAGACACGUUCGAGCCUGGAUGCAUUGCGCCUUGCCGCACAGUUUCUGCAUCAAAAGAUGCAGUUCAAUGUUUGCAUGUUGCCGCGUCCUAGCUGUGAGCUGUGCGAACGUAUAUUCAAGAGCGCAGGCUUCACCUGUCAAAGCUUUCAGUAUUACUGCGAGGCGAAGGGUGAGCUGAAUAUCUAUGGAUUGGUCGCCGACCUGAUGACCGCACCGGAGGGCGCCGUUGUGCUGCUCGAUGCCUGUGCACAAAAUCCGACUGGCUUGGAUCCCAGCAUCGAUGAGUGGAAGCUGAUUGCGCACAUUAUUAAGUGCAAGAAAUUGCUGCCGCUCUUCCAUUUGGAAUCACAUGGUCUCGCCAGUGGGGAUACUGCACAGGAUAGUUGGGCAGUGCGUUACUUUGUUGACAGUGGCUUUGAUUUGCUCUGCGCCCAGUCGUUCGUCAAGAGUUUCGGUCUUCACAAUGAAACCGUAGGUCAGUUAAUGGUCGUGCUUAAGAAUUCCAUACAGCUGGAAACGGUGCGGGAACAGUUUGAGGCCAUGUUGCUUGAGAGCAACGAAAAGAGCUGCUCGGUGUUUGCUAGUCGUAUUGUGGCCAAGAUACUCACUAACGCAUCUUUGCGUCAUGAGUGGACUCUGUCGCUCCAGGAGAUACAUCAGCGUAUGCAACAAAUGCGCUUGGCCUUAAGCAAUAAAUUGGAGCUGCUUAAAACGCCUGGCAGCUGGGAUCAUCUAAAAGAACAGUCUGGUUCGCAUCUAUAUACAAAUCUAAAGAUACCACAGCUGAUAGAGCUUCGUAACAAACAUAUUUAUGUGCCCGAUUCCGGACGCAUCAAUCUGGGCGCCUUGAGUACAACUAACGUCGAUUUUGUGGCUGGAGCCAUACAUGAUGUAAUGCUCUCGAUGCAAAGCGAGACAGACACAAAUGCUCACAUUUUGCCAUGUCCAUGGCCGUACGUGCAAUGCCUUGAGGGUACCCCAACAGAGAUUGUAAACAAUUGAUUUUGGAAUAUAAGAUUAUUUAUUAUAA